GAUAGAGUCAUCCAAAGCACAGCAGCUUGACGACGACGACGACGACGUGUCGCUAUCAACGCUGGCAGUUCAAUUCAAAUUUUCGGUAGCUACGGCCGCAGUGACACGUCAUCUAACAAUUGAAUAUUUUGAGUAAUAUUUAUCUUCAGGAUAAAUAUUCAUAAUCGUCGUUGCGAGCAAAAUGCGUUUCAUCUACCUAUUGUUAUUGUUGCUGGCAUUUUACUCUGUCGGCACCUCAGCACUGCGUUGCUAUACAUGCGAGGACUGUGAUGAGCAGUCGGUGCUUACGGAGCUGGAGGUAUGCAGUGUGCCAGCCUUGACAGCAGAGCAGCCGAGUGCAACUGGCCAGCCAGGUACAGCUGUAUCAAGUCCCAGCGCUGCAUCGAAACCCAAUCCAGCGCCCGUACCUAGUCCAGCUGCUCCGGCAGCGAGUGCAACUGCCCCAGGCACUGCAGGAGCAGCACCGGCAUCAUCACCAGCUGCCGCAUCCGAAAGCGAGGAUGAGGAUGAUUAUGACAGUGAUGAGGAGGAUGCUGCCACAGGUGCAUCUGCUGGCACCAAUGGGGCUGGAGCUGCUGCUGCUGGCGCGGGCACAGUAGCUGGUGCAGCAGCUCCAGCUCCAGCCGCCGCUAAUGGCGAAAGCGAGGAAGAAGAAGAAGAAGAAGAGGAUUACGAUUAUCGAAACAAACGCAGCAUCAGUCGCCAGACUCAGCGACAGAUCCAGAGUACACUGCGAGCCGUUUGCUAUAUAGCAAGUCUAGGGCUUAAUGGCACGGAAAUAACGAAUCGUGGCUGCACCCUGGUCACGAAUGAAAAUCAAAGCGAUGUCUGCAAGUCUCUAUUUGAUGGCUGGAGUGUGCUGGACUGCACUUUAUGCGAAUUCAACGGCUGUAAUUCGCCGAUUAAUGCCGCCGUCAUCGGCUCAUUGAACGGUAACAGUGGCACUGGGCGUUUAUCGGGCCAAAUACCGUUCUCUAUGACGCUGCUGGCCGUAGUGUCUUCCUUGUGGGUCUGUAAUUGAUAACAAAACAAAAAUAUAUAUAAUUUAUAAUAAUAAAAUAUACAAAUAUAUAUAUAUA